UUAGAUAUUGGGUUGACAAACAUCCAAUAUAUUUCUUCACGUUCAAAAAUGCUAGCACGUUUUGUGGCCCGUCAAAUGUCUGGUUUCGAUCCAGAGAACAAAUGCAUCCCAUAUCAGCUUGAAAUUCAUUUAAAAGAGAUUAAGGAGCACUUAGGAACAAAUGUGAUACCACUUGGGCAACUUCGCCUAGGCUCUUACCUUGAAAGAGCCCUACUAUUUAAGGUGAUAGCUGAUAAAAUAUGUCUUCCAGCCGCUCUCGUACGAGGAGGAUACGGUAUAUCAUGGAUCGAAAUAGCCAUACCUCAAGUAAUAUUAAAUGCUUACAUUAACGGUAUGUUCUCUUUCGUCGUGAUACUAUUUCAUUAAGUGUUUUAUAGAUUGAAGAUUCAAAUGAAGAGAGAUUCAGGAUUCCUAGUACUUGUCUGUUUGAAAACUCUGAAUAUCGUUCAAAAAUAAUUACGUCUAUUUCUUCAGAAUUAUCAGACAAAUCAGAUACUCGCUUAUAUAAGUAUAAGACAGAAAAAGUGUCUUUCCCACGUGAUGAUCAAUCGACAGUUUAUCCAAUCAAACACAUGAAACCGAAUUUCAUCGUUGAUUUGAUGGAUA